AUGACCUCGAGUCUUUUCCGACCCAAGUCAUUCAGACUCCGUGACCCGCCGGCGGCUCGCGGCAGCACCGCGCACGCGCGGCACAUGGAGGGAGGCGGGGCCUCGCUGUCCUUCCUCUGUCCCCGCCCCCGCAAGCCGGCCAUUGGCUACAGCUGCGGAGGCUCCUUGCCCAUUGGCCGGGCGCGCCGUCCGUCCGUGCCGCGCGCCGCCGCCGCCAUGGUGCGCUUCAAGAACAGGUAUGUGCUCUGCGAGGUGGUCUCGGAGGACCCGCGGUGCCGGCAGUGCAUCGAGGACCGCGCGCUGGGCCUGGCCGUCAGAGACGCCAUCGCACGGGUGCACGGGGACUACGGCCUGGCGUGCUGCUCCAUCUCCUUCACAGUGAAAUACCUGAACGCUUACACCGGGACGGUGCUGCUGCGGUGCCGCAAGGACUCGUACCGGCUGCUGUGCUCCGCGCUGCCCUUCGUGCGCUCCCUGGAGAGCCGCGCCCAGCGCUACCCCUGCUUCCUCAACACCCUGCACGUCGGAGGUACCAUAAGAACAUGUCAGAAAUUUCUGAUUCAGUAUAACAGAACACAGCUGCUAAGGUUGUUGCAAAACUGUACAAAUGAAGAGGAGAGACAAAGUGUACAGAAGUCCUUGUUGAGCUGUUCCCUGACAGAAGAGCAGUCUCAAAGUGGAGAUGAGGAGGAGGAGGAUGAUGAUGAUGGCAUAGAGACAGACUGAACGUCACUCACUUGUUACUGUUCACCUCCAUUCUGUAUUUGUUUAAUCAAGAUGGGACUGGUUAUCUUCCGUGUUAAGCAGUGUUUACAUUUAGACUUCAUUCCCAAUUCCAAAUGUUUGUAAAUUUAAAAAAAAAUUAAAAUAUUAUUUCACUUAA